AUGAUCCGGUUGGGAUGGUCGCUCGGCCGGUCCAAGGGCCGUGGCACCUGCGGGAGCCCCGGGGCCCUGGUCCGGUCCUCCUCGUCCGGCGGCCCGGCGCGGGGCAGGCCCCUGCGGGUGCUCGUGGACAUGGACGGGGUGCUGGCUGAUUUCGAGGGCGGCUUCCUGAAGAAGUUCAGGGCCAGGUACCCCGACAAGCCGUACAUCGCCCUGGAGGACCGGAGAGGCUUCUGGGUUUCGGACCAAUAUGGACAGCUGAGACCCGAGCUGAGUGAGAAAGCCAUCAGCAUUUGGGAGUCAAAGAAUUUUUUUAUUGAACUUGAACCUCUACCAGGGGCUGUGGAAGCUGUGAAAGAGAUGGCCCGCUUAGAAAACACUGACGUGUUCAUCUGCACAAGCCCUAUCAAGAAAUAUAAGUACUGUCCUAAUGAGAAGUAUGCCUGGGUAGAGAAGCAUUUUGGCCAGGAGUUUCUGGAGCAAAUUGUACUCACCCGGGAUAAGACUGUGGUCUCUGGAGACCUCCUUAUUGAUGACCGACCAGAUAUAACAGGGGCCGAGCCAAACCCCAGCUGGGAGCACAUCCUCUUCACCUCCUGCCACAACAGACACCUCCAGCUGCAGCCACCUCACAGGAGGCUCCAUUCAUGGACCGAUGACUGGAAGGCAAUCCUGGACAGCAAGCGCUCUUCACAACACUGGAUCCUCCCUCCUUAAAGGAACAGGCCCCUGCUUCUCUGGAAUGUGGAAGAUGUCCUCGGCCUGGUGUCCUGGGCUGGGGUGGGCUGGGGAAAAUAAGGGAGGGAUGGUAGGUGGGCGAGUUGCUUCCUUUGCAACCUUACUAGGAAGAAUUGGAGCUUGGAGCUUCCUCAUAGGAGAGGAAGGGGCUCUGAAUUCCCUAUGCCAGGCUUUGGAAGGAAAGAAGGCUGGGCUCAGUAAGUAUCUGGCUCCCACUAUAGCACAUGCUGGGUCCAGGUGCUCUGUGGUCCUCUUCAUGCACAUCUCAUCCUUUCCCACUGUCCUACCUGAGCUUUUUAGAAGUCAGUCUUAGCAUACACCAAGAAGGGAAGUUUCCUCUUGCCUUUUGGUGUUCAGUGUCAGAGUUUGAGGCCAUUCCCUCCAAAAGUUGUCUAGGACAAGGCUAUAUCACUUGAAUAGAGGUUUGUCAUUUGAACAGAGAUCUAUCCCCUACCCUUGCCCCACACUUGAGGUUACUCAAGCCAUUGUAGUCUAUAAUCCUAUCAUUUACCCAAAAAGAAUAUGAUAUACCCGUAAAGGUCCAACAAAUCAAAUUUUAAGCUAGUGGGUUUUUGUGGCUGAGAUUUGGAUGGGAGGAGGGUGAGGGAUAAGAGUCAUAGGUUAACAAUGGAUGGUGAGUUAUUCCUUGCACCUUUCUGUAAUUUGUUCAUCCCCAGAUAGGUUUUGAUAGGUCCUGGGAAGCAUGGUCUUAUCUGUCUCCAGUGUUCUUCCACCUUGAUCCUAUUUUUUUUAUGUCUAAUGGGUUUGGGGUCAAAGUGUGUUCUUGGUGUUUCUUCAUCUUGCCUUUCUGGAGGAUAGAGAGUUGGUGGGGUUGGUGAGACUCUAUAAGUCUUACAGUCACAAUGGAACCAUCUCUCUCCUACCCAUCCAGGAUGUGGGACUUGGGACCUCUCUUCUCUGGUCUCAUGAUCUGGCCUUAGAGCACACUGUGGCUAGAGGUUGUUGGCAUUAUAGGGAAGUCCCCAGGUGUCUGAAUUUCUGAGGCUGGUAGGUUUGAAAACCCUAACUGUACCUUGAUCUGUUUUUCCUGGUUGUAGGAAACCUCUGAGAUCUUAGCUGCAUCUCCAUUAGCGUUCCCACUUCUCCCUUUCAUCUCAUUACUUUGAUGGGGACUUCCCAGUCUCUUACCAGAGUAAGAGAUGUAGAUGCAGACUGGGGGAGAUUGUAUGUGUUAGGGAAGCUUCAGGAACCCAACAGGCCUUCAUUCUCAAAGCUGCUUCUCUGAUAUCAAGUGGACCCUUUUUCUGCCUAUGUCAGGAGUGCUUAGAGCUGGCUUACAAAAGGAAGAAGUGGUGUGAGAAGAACCAGUAUGGGAAUCGGCCCCACUGUCUUGGAGCCCUUCACCCCACCCCUUAGGCAGCUUAGGUGUACCAUCUUCCCUUCUACCCUGUCGGUGAUCCCACAUCCCACUUCAGUAAAAAUGAAUGGCCUGGCUCCCCUCUGUCUCUUCCUUACUAUAAUAAGUAGCUUCUUACUCUAUCUAUUUCCCUAGCUGUUAUCCCUCUCAAGUGCCUUUCAGCUGCCCAUUGACAUCUUCUGUCCAUUACCUUCUGCAGAAAUCAGGAUCUCCUCUGGGUUCCCAUCCCAUUGUCAAGAAAAUGCAAACCUUAGGAAAGGAUUUGAGAAAGGGUCACAGAAAGAUAGCAACACUGAAUUCUGAGCCUAGUCCCAAGGGGGAAAAGGGAAGGGGAUUGAACUUCCUGGACAAAAUGAGACAACCAGAUGGAAAGUUCAUCCCUUGCUUGGUCCUUACUGUACCAUGGUACACUUUCCCCAGGAAAAUAAUCUAACAUCUUUGCUGUAAGCACAGAAAGACCUGAACAAGGAUAUCCCAGGACCCCAUCCCCUCAGAAGCAGAGAGUUAUACCCCUUUGCCUGGAACUUCUGAUGAGGUCUUAGAAUCAUAGGAUCCCAGGUGAGCCUGGUCUGUUCUGUCCAAGGGCAGGAGUUACUUAUCUGGCUCCAGCCUGGUUGUUCACGGAGGGAAGCAGUAACUAGAGAUGACCCCCUGCACCCAAGGGAGUGCCUACAGGAAACAGCCAUUGUUUACACCUCCUCUGGAAUCUCUUAGCUCUUCCAGGUCUGAGAACAAGAGCUGGAAAAGAGGCUUGUUUUCUAAAGCAUAAAGGCUUUAUUCUCCAGAAGCCUUCCUAUGCAGACAGUGGGAAUUCCCAGACUAAGACUGUGGUAGCUUGAAAUAAACUUAUAUGCCUCUAUUCAUUUGUAGACACCUAUGAAAGGAAAUAGUACGAAUUGUACAGUAACUAGUGACAGGUGUGAAAUUAUCAUAGAAUCUGAGAGCUGGAAGGGACCCUAGAGAUGAUCUAGGGCCUAGAUUGAUCCCAGCUCAAUCCCCUAAUGUAACAGGUGAGGAACAGGUCCAAGGACAGAGACUGGCCUUUUUCCUCCUGUUACAGUUACCAAGGCACCAUCUCGCUUACUAUUGGAACUAGUUUGCUCUCCUCCCUUUUUAUCUUCACCUCCCCCAGAACCUCCUCCCCCACUCCCAGUGACAAAUCUAGCUAGAUCUACAUUCCCCUUAGUCAAUGAAUCAACAGGCAUUUAUUAAGCACUUACCAUGUGCCAGGCAUUCAAAUAAGCAUUGGGGAUACAAAGAAAAAGCGAAAAGCGUCUGCCCUUGGAGCUUGUAUCCUAAUAGGGAGCCAACACGUAUCCAAAUAGAUACAAGAUACAGAGUAGAUGGGAGGCCAGUUUAGGUAGAGACACCGCCUAGACAAACAACAUAAACAAAGCUCUGGUCAGUCCUGUGUGAUGUGGUAUUGAAAGUGCAGGUCUUGGAGUCAGAAGACCUGGCUUGGGCUUGGAUUUGACCUCUUCUCUUUGAGCCUAACCUUUUAACAUCCAUAAAACGGGAGAAUAAUACUUGAACUAUCUACCUCACAGGAUUGUGGAGAAGAAAGCACUUUGUGUAAAACACUGUAUCCGUAUGAACUUUUACUCACGUCAAGAAGGAAGGAGCUGUUCCACCAUUCUUUGGCUUGCCAGUUCUGGAUUUAUUGCUUGUCUCCUAUUUUCAGACUCCAGGCAGAAUUUUCCCUCUAGUGCUAAAUAUCUUAUGUGUAGUAUUAGUGCCACCUUCUGGACAUAAUGGAGGACUUCAUCUUCCCCAACAACCUGACAUCCAGGGAACAAAUUGAAGUGAACAUCACAUUUCUAAAACCAAUAUCCAUCCAAAUGAUUGUUACCUCCUUAAAGCUACUCUGGGAGUUUGUGCGCUUAUUUCACUGAGGUUUUUGUUGCUCAGAACACAAUUUUUGGGGGGGGGGGCGGAACUGCACCCAUAGCUGUAAUCACACUUUUUUCUCCUCAAUCCCAUAAUGAAUGAUAUGCCUCCCCACCUCCUCUCUGGGCUGUGGGACCAGCCAAAAGGCAUUCAAAAGUCAAACCCAUUCUCAAUAGGCAAAGAUUUGUCACCCCCGAUGAUAUUUCAGAGAAUGUGCUGCAGGUUCUGAAGGCAAGAAGAGUCCCGGAGCCAUCCUGCACACUGGCUGCAUUGCUGGAGUAAGUGUGGUUUCCUUAGAUGUCCCUUAUUUGGGGCUGUAAGUACUGGUAUGUUUAUUAAAUCAGUCACAUUACUUUUUAGUUACA